UGGGGCGAAUAAGAAGCGGAUUGUUUUGAAAAUCGGUGAGCCCUAGAAUUCGAGAGAGAGAGAGAGAGAGUGGAGUGCGAGAGCGUAGCAGUAAAAGUGUUGCCGUUGGUAACUAACUCUCGUCGAUAUCUCUCUUGCUCUUGGAUUCGACUCUGUUUCGAGAAAGCUACUGCUUCAGGGUGCGGGUCUUACCACGAGAUGAAUUCAUAUCCAUCACGAAAUCAUAUGCAACAACCUGCUACUACAAGCACAACCAAGGAGACAAGCUUGCCUACUUCUAAUCCUCAUUGGUUCCAUUCUUACUUCCCUGUUCCAAGGACCACAGGCUUUGAUCUUUCUCAAGUCCCUCAAGCAGAGCCUGCUGAAGUUGUCGUGGUGCCUCAGGUUCAUUUGUUUCCUCCUCCUACAAGAGAAUCUAGACACGAUAUAGAGCAGAAGUCUCCUUCGAAAGCGUUGAAGCCAAAACCACAAAGUAAGAAACGCUCUGCACCCAAAACCCCAAAGAAGACACUGAGCGUACCCGAAAUAAAGCGAGAGAAAAAGAAUCCUGACAUCAACGUUGUUGACAUCUCGAGCUUCGAUGUCUCCGGUGUUCCUCCUCCUGUCUGUUCGUGUACAGGCGUUCCAAAAGUUUGCUACAAAUGGGGCAUGGGCGGUUGGCAAUCGUCGUGCUGUACCAUCAGCAUAUCGACGUUCCCACUGCCCAUGAGCACCACGAGGCCUGGAACUCGUCUCGCCGGAAGGAAAAUGAGCAAUGGUGCUUAUGUCAAGCUACUUAUGAGACUUGCUGGUGAAGGCUAUGACUUGACUUGCCCGGUUGACCUCAGGAACCAUUGGGCCAGGCAUGGUACUAACAAGUUCGUGACCAUCAAGUAGUCCUUUUCAUCUGUUAGGGUUUGGUUUUAGGCUUUAGCUUUUGUGAUUUCCAUGUAUCUUUUCGUACAUAUGUUUCGUAGUGGCUUUAAAAUCAUGAAGGAGAUUCAGUGUCUAUAAUAGGCCAAGACAAGUUUUAGUUUUUAGAUGGAAUGUUAGUUAGUA